AUUUAUUUCGUCACGACGAACGAGCCCAUUUCCCCUCAACCCCCAACCCACCCCGAAAUGCCGCUCGUCGACAACCCCCAAAUACAGGCCGCGAGCCUUCAUAACCCGCUGCCUCUGCAGCUGCACGCCUACGUCGCCCCAUUCCUUCUGAUUUGGCCCAUAUUCCUAUCCAUCUUCCUAUCCCCCGUUCGCUACGAGAAGCACAUUCAGUCUUCGGAAUGGACAUUCGUUUGGGUCGGAAGCAUUGUCACAAUCCAAGCUCUGAUUUGGCUUACCACGUUCUGGAACGUUAACCUCCGAAGUGCGUUCACCACCACCUCCGCCCGCGACGUGCGGACCGCGAAGCUCAUCAAGGUUAUCCCCAUUGCAAACGCCGGUUCUGCCGAGAUCUGUACUCUCCAGCGAGACAACAUCGGCGGAAAGCCCAGCAUCUCGUUCUUAUUUCAAAAGCGCCGCUUCCUCUAUGAUUUCGAGAACGGCAGCUUUGCCCCGCUUUCCUACCCCCUCGAUUCCGAACCGAAGCCGCAGCUCAAGACUUUCCAACAGUCGAAGGGUCUGACGUCCCCCACCGAUAUCGAGCGAAUCCAGCAGCACUAUGGCGAUAACAGUUUCGAUAUUCCCGUCCCGACUUUCACAGAACUGUUCAAGGAGCAUGCCGUUGCGCCGUUCUUCGUCUUCCAGGUCUUCUGUGUUGGUCUGUGGAUGUUGGACGAUUACUGGUACUACUCUUUGUUCACACUGUUCAUGUUGGUUGCUUUCGAGAGCACUGUCGUCUGGCAGAGGCAGCGUACUUUGAACGAGUUCCGCGGAAUGAGCAUCAAGCCUUACGAUCUACUGGUAUACAGGAAGAAUAAGUGGGAGGAGGUUCAAAGCGACAAACUCCUCCCCGGAGAUAUUGUCAGCGUGGGCAGGACAAAGGAAGAUUCUGGUGUUGCUUGCGAUAUGGUCCUUCUCGAGGGCUCGGCCAUUGUCAACGAAGCUAUGCUUUCCGGAGAGAGUACACCUGUCCUGAAGGAAUCGAUCCAGCUCCGUCCCGGAGAUGCCUUGAUCGAGCCGGAAGGUCUUGACAAGAACGCUUUUCUAUACGGAGGAACCAAGAUUCUUCAGGUAUCGCACGGUCUUUCUGCAGAGGAUGAUAUUGGUACUGUUUCCAAGCUCUCAUCUGGCGUCCCACCGCCGCCAGACAAGGGUGCUGUCGCUAUUGUUGUCAAGACUGGGUUCGAGACUUCCCAGGGCUCUCUUGUGCGAACCAUGAUCUACUCUACCGAACGUGUAUCGGCCAACAACGUCGAGGCUCUGCUCUUCAUUCUCUUCUUGUGCGUGUUCGCUAUCGCAGCGUCCUGGUAUGUUUGGCAAGAGGGUGUAAGGAGGGACAGGAAGCGAUCCAAGCUCAUGUUGGACUGUGUCUUGAUCAUCACUAGUGUUGUCCCUCCAGAGUUGCCCAUGGAGUUGAGUUUGGCCGUCAAUACCUCUCUCGCCGCCCUCAGCAAAUAUGCCAUCUUCUGUACCGAACCCUUCCGGAUUCCCUUCGCUGGUCGUGUUGACGUCGCUUGUUUCGAUAAGACCGGUACCCUGACUGGCGAAGACUUGGUCGUUGAUGGAAUCGCUGGACUCACUCUCGGACAACCUGAUGUCAAGGCUGGACCAGAUGGCGCACAUGUCGGCCUCCAGGCUGUCGAUACUACUGGUACUGAGACUACUCUUGUCCUCGCUACUGCUCACGCACUUGUCAAGCUUGAUGAAGGAGAAAUCGUUGGUGAACCUAUGGAGAAGGCUACGCUCCAGUCUCUUGGAUGGACCCUUGGUGCCCAUGAUACUCUUACCACCAAGAAGGGCGCUCCCAGCUCCGCCGCCGAGCUCGUACAGAUCCGUCGUCGCUUCCAGUUCUCUUCUGCUCUCAAGCGCCAGAGCUCUGUUGCCACCGUCCUCGUCAACGACAAGAAGAAUAAGCGCAAGAUCCGACGCACCUUCGUUGGUGUCAAGGGAGCCCCCGAGACCAUUCGAAAGAUGUUGGUAGAUUCCCCGCAAGGCUACGAAGAGACAUACAAGCACUUUACUCGCAACGGUGGUCGUGUCCUUGCCCUUGCAUACAAGUAUCUAUCCGAGGACAACGAAAUUGGCAUGAGCCGCAUCAACGAUUUGAAGCGUGAGAAUGUCGAAUCCAACCUCCACUUCGCCGGUUUCUUGGUUCUUCAAUGUCCCCUCAAAGAUGAUGCCCUUCAGUCCGUCCGCAUGCUCAACGAGUCCAGCCAUCGUGUUGUUAUGAUCACUGGUGACAACCCUCUCACUGCUGUGCACGUCGCACGCCAGGUUGAAAUUGUGGAUCGCGAAUGUCUUAUCCUUGACGCACCUGAAAAUGAUGACUCUGGCGAGAAGCUCGUCUGGCGCAGCGUUGACGACAAGAUCAGCAUUCCAGUUGACCCCACAAAGGCACUAGACGCGGAAAUCUUGAAGACCAAGGAUAUUUGUGUAACCGGAUACGCGCUCGCCAAAUUCAAGGGCGAACAAGCGUGGAAGCAGCUCCUGCGCUACUCUUGGGUCUAUGCUCGCGUCUCGCCGAAACAAAAGGAAGACAUCUUGCUUGGUUUGAAGGAUGCCGGCUACACCACCCUCAUGUGUGGUGACGGUACUAACGAUGUGGGAGCUCUAAAACAAGCUCACAUUGGUGUUGCUCUCCUCAACGGUUCUCGAGACGAUCUCGAUAAGAUCGCCGAGCAUUUCCGCAACACUAAGAUGAAGGAGGUUUACGAGAAACAAUGCCAGUUGAUGCAGCGAUUCAACCAACCCGCGCCACCGAUUCCUGCCAUGAUCGCUCAUCUUUAUCCUCCUGGCCCAACCAACCCCCAUUACGAGAAGGCCAUGACAGCGUACGCAGAGAGGAAGGGCAUUGCACCUCCCGUGCCCAAUGGCACGGAUGCUUCGAACGGUGCUGUCGCUAAGGCUCAGCCGGCUCAAACUCCCGCCCAACAGAAGGCUGCUGGUCUCGCAGACUCUUUCACCUCCAAGAUGAUGGAAUCUGAGCUCGCCGAAUUGGACAGUGAACCCCCGACCAUCAAGCUUGGUGAUGCUUCCGUCGCCGCUCCAUUCACGUCCAAGCUAGCUAAUGUCAUCGCUAUCCCCAACAUCAUCCGUCAAGGUCGAUGCACCCUGGUUGCCACUAUUCAGAUGUACAAGAUUCUUGCCCUCAACUGCUUGAUCUCCGCCUACAGUUUGAGUGUCUUGUAUCUUGAUGGUAUCAAGUUUGGUGAUGGACAGGUUACUAUUUCUGGUAUGAUGAUGAGUGUUUGUUUCUUGUCGAUCUCUCGCGCAAAGUCGGUCGAAGGGCUUUCCAAGGAGCGACCCCAGCACAACAUCUUCAACGUCUACAUCAUCGGAUCCGUCUUGGGCCAGUUCGCCAUCCACAUUGUCACUCUCAUCUACGUCUCGCAGUGGGUCCAGCGCAUUGACCCCAUCGACCCCAACGUCGAUCUUGAGAGCGACUUCGAACCUUCCCUUCUCAAUUCUGCCAUCUACCUCCUUCAGCUCAUCCAGCAAAUCUCCACCUUCGCCAUCAACUACCAAGGACGUCCCUUCCGUGAGGGCAUCAGCGAGAACAAGGGAAUGUACUGGGGUCUUCUCGGCGUCUCUGGCGUUGCCUUCUCUUGCGCCACCGAGUUCAUCCCCGAGCUCAACGAGAAGCUCCGCCUCGUCCCCUUCACCAGCGACUUCAAGUUCAUGCUCACCAGCAUGAUGAUCCUCGACUACGUCGGCUGCUACGUCAUCGAAAAGGGCCUCAAGUGGGGUUUCAGCGACUACCGACCCAAAGACAUCGCCAUCCGUCGCCCCGACCAGCUCAAGCGCGAGGAGCAGAGGAAGGUCGAGGAGGAGCGGGAGGCCCAGAGGAAGAAGAACGAGGAACAAGAGAAGAAGUUCCAGGCUCUCAAGGCGUAGAUAAUUAGCUUCGGCACUUCUUUUGUGUAUAGAGAACUCUCCCUUUCUCAUUCGCUCGCCCUUUGUUUAAGAAAAACAUUUUUUGUUUGUAUCACGGUGGUUGCAUUGUUGGGAUUAGGGUCGACGGUGGAGUGUACGAGUAGAGUUGUGGGUUAGGGAGCGAGUGAAGCUCACACGCAUAUACAUUCAAUUAAUAGACUGACUGGCAUUUCAC